CAAGGAAGUUCUCAUUGGCGCUGGACACCUCCAAGGCACGGGCACGAGGAGCGACGCCGAGAGCUCGUGCCCUCCCCUGCCCAAAGCAUUUCUCACUCUUUUUCUUCCUCCUUGCCGCUACUCCAGAGUACUACUAGUAGCUGGUCUAAUAGUAGCUAAGGUCUAUUAGCAGUCUAGCUAGUAGGGUACAUACGACAAUGAUUGCUCCAGUUGACGAUGAACUGUUGAGCCUACGCAUCAAGUCGGCGAGUCAAAAGUUUUAUGGGAGGGAUAAGGAGCUCAAGUCGUUGUCAAAUGCCUACCAACGUUUGUGUCACCGCCACUACCACCGAAUGAACGGACGGAGUGCCGCCAACAACGAAGUUGAUACCACAACAACAACAGAAGCUGCGUCCUUAGAACCAUCAGUGGCGUCAGAAGGAGCAGCUGCGCAUCAGGUAUCAAUCCAUGACGAGCCUGAUGAGAAUGUCGUCGUUCCCGAUACUACUACUAGGGGUAACAAGAAUGGAGGUACAACAAGUACAAGUUCAUCUUUUCCACCUUCCAACGGGUGCUUGGCUGUCUACAUAACCGGAGCAUCAGGAGCCGGAAAAAGCACCCUAGUCUACAAGUUUAUUGAGGAAAUGGAAUCGAAACAAGGAGAGCAAGACUAUUUCGAAAACCCCCUUACGAUAAAUGGAAAGAAGGUUGAAUAUACCCCUUACCUCCCGUGUUAUUUUCUUAGCGGAAAGUUUGAUGAGCCCAGCUGCGAGGGAGUGGGCAGUAGCAAUCCUUACAGCGCCUUUGUGGAAGCAAUUGGUGGAUUUUGUGCAUCACUCAUCCAUGACCAACGACUACCCUUUGAUGAUCCCACCUUGCAGCCGAUACGCCAAGCCGUUGGGAGUGACGGGAAAGUCCUGGUCGAUCUCGUUCCAGAUUUGGUGGACAUAUUAGGGCCGCAGCAAGAGCCUCCAAAGAGCUCCUCCAAGGACAAUGCACUCCACCGGCUUCACUUCAUCUUCAAGAACUUUUUGAAGGCUAUCGGAACUAUGCGGCCAAUCGUACUGUUCAUUGAUGACAUCCAGUGGGUUGACCCUGCAUCGUUAGCCUUAAUUGACUCAAUACUGAAGGAUCCGUCCUUGGAGCAGAUAAUGUUAGUGGGGGCAUAUCGGGUUUCACAAGAGGAAAAUGGUUCGUCAAGACACGAUCGCAAAGAAUCUUUUGAUGAGUCCACAGCUGAUGAAACAUAUACGAGUAGUCUGAGAUCUCUGGAAAACAACAACAACUCGCGUGCCCCUUCAGAUCGAAGCCAGCAAUGGAACACAAUGUCCAUGGAAGACAUCACGGACUGUAACGCUUUCAUGGCGUCCUUGAAAGCAGUAAAGCCUUGCCUGAGAGUCAUACAGGUACAGAAUUUGUCGCGAGAAGUCAUUCGAAAGUACCUAUGGGAUGUACUUGAUUUGCCCGCAGAAGACGUGGCCGAAGUGACGCAAGUCCUCUACAGAAAGACUAGAGGGAACAUCUUCCAUAUGCUACAAAGUCUGGACGAAAUGCAGAGGAAAGGGAUCCUGCGGUACGUCCAAAUGUGCCAACAGUGGGAACUGGACAUUGAUGCUCUCGGCCAUUAUGCCAGUCGUCAAAAAGAAGCCCCGGGACAACGUGGCGUAGUCGCAGUUUUGAAAGACAAAGUGGAAAGCUUGCCCGAACAGGUGCAGCGCGCAUUGACCGUGGCAGCUUUCGUCCGAUCCACGUUCGAUAUAGAAACGCUGCAAGAUCUUCUGCAGGGUGAGCCAGGAAGCGAAAACGGGUGUAACCACAACGGCAGCAGUGAUCCGAAGGUUAUGCUGCCUGGGAUUGGAUUGAAAGAGCUGAUAGGUCUUUUGGAUGUUGCUGUGGUUCAAGGGCUGUUGAAGAACAUGACAGGGUCGUUGAGCUACUCAUUUUCUCACGACAAAGUCCAAGAAGCUUGUCGUGCCCUUGUGCAUGAAGGGGGGCGGGACAAGCUCAACAUUUGGAUUGGAAAGAAGCUGGUUGUGAGAGCCAAGAGGCUGAACCAGGAGUGGAUGCUUUUUGUUGCAUCUGAUCGGUUGAAUGAAUCCUUCCCUUGUGACUGUUUGGAUGCAGCUGAAUUGGCUGCCUUAAAUUUGAAGGUCGGAGAAUUGGCAGCUUCCAAGAAAUCUGCCUUCGGUCCUGCAUCCAAGUAUUUGCGGGCGGGCCUUAAAUGCCUCCGCUUCAUUCCUGAGCCAGGGACUCAAAAUGGUGAAAGAAUAGAAUCGGAUGGCUCUAAUGAAAACCAUCCUGAGGGAUGGGAGCCUGUGGCGACACCUUGGCGCUGCCAUUAUGACCUUACCCUGGCGCUCCAUCGGUCAGCGGGAGAUGUUGAAAUGUUACUGGGAAACCACGACUUUGGCAUGAUGCUUUCACAGGAGGUAUUCCAACGUGCAAAAAACUUUGAAGAUAUGCUACCAACUUACACUGCUGUGGCAGACAGUUUUGGGCGACUUGCCCAGCAUUCAGAAGCUCUGCAGUGGAACCUGAGGGCGCUAAUCAGACUGGGGCAAUUCCCAAAACGAUGUUACGCUUUGCAUAUCAUGGUCAACCUCAGGGCGGUGAAGUUGGCAUUUCGUAGGCUCACGGACUACGAUAUUCUGAUGCUGCAGAAGUUGACUGACGCAAAGCUAUUGGCUACUAUGGAACUCUUGGUGAAAAUGGCACUCCGAGCAUGGUUUUGUAGAUCAAAGCUUAUUUUUGUGCUGUGCAUCUUAAAGGCGCUACGUGUGACAUUCCGCCACGGGAUUUGCGGACACGCCGCUUUCGCACUGGCCGCAUAUGGUCUUAUCAUCACGGGGGAAAUGAGCGGUGACGAGAAGCAGAGUCUUCGAAUGGCCCGCUUGGCCAGGGAGGUGCUGAAAGAAACAAAUGCUAAAAACGUCGAGUCAAGCACUACUGUCGUCGUUGCAGGUUUCGUGGAGGCGUGGUCCAUUCCAAUUCAUCAGACCCUGGAAACAUAUGAGCAGGGCAUGCAGGCUGGACUCGAAACUGGUGAUAUUGAAUUUGCCUACUUCAAUUCGGAUGGAAAGUUAUUGCACUCCAUUGUGGCUGGACGGUCGCUGGGUAGCGUUGAAGAAGAGGUCAAGAGAGUCAUACCGGAGCUGAGGCAACACUCGUUGGAGACGUCCUUGGCAACAUGUCUAGCGCUGCGAAAGCUCCUCUCGCUACUAAGGGGCCAAGCGGAUCCUAGCUCUGCGAAACGAAGCAUGUUCGGCGACGGCGAGAUUCACAGCAAAGCCCACAAAUGUGCCGACAGUUUAGAGCCGUCCAAGGCAGGUCAGAAUGAUCAUCAUCUCGUAUGGUCAUACUGGGGGCAACUGCAACUCUCGUACUACUUUGGGGACUAUACCGAGGCAGACAGGGCUGCGAAGAUGUUCGAAAUAGAGGGAGGGAAACAUAACUCAUCCUACGUCGCGCGGGGUACGUGGCUCUUCUUCACCGGAAUGAUAGCCUCGAGCUUGGCUCGCACGACGGGGUUGGGAAAGUACGAGAGACGUGCUCGGAAAGCAUCGGAACGGACGAAAGCCAUUAUCCGGAGAUGCGGUCUCACUCUGUUGCACCGGCACGCUUUGAUGGAAGCAGACUACCUCAUGACAAAGUCUACAGCUUGCUUUAGGGGACAGCAAGAACGCAAACUCCCCAGCGCUGCGGAAAAGCUCGCAACAAUCGAGGCCUUUGAUCGAGCUAUUGCCGCUGCAAUUGGAGCUGGCGUCACGCAAGAUAUAGCAUUGGCACAUGUGCUUGCUGGCGAGUUCUGUGUUCACUGCGGUGACAGCGACGAGGCAAAGAAGCACUUUCUCGAGGGGCGACGAAUGUUUCACAAGUGGGGAGCAAGAGCCAUUGUGGACGAUUUGACAGAAAAGCGAGCAGAGUUCUUUGGGCAGUCAACGGAGCUGGCGCUGCAGGAUGGUCUUGCUCCGAACUCUCCCGUUUUCAGUUUCGCGUUGAGCAUCGACGUAUGAGACGACGUGGUUGAUCCAUUUUAGGGACGGUGGGAGGUGCAAGUGCUGGGUAACUUUUGAAGAGUUUUACCGCCUGGCUGUGUAGACCCCCACCUGGAUGAAAUGAAAUGGUAAGGUCGUGGGGUUCUUUGGCCACCUGAGUGUUCCAGCUCCGAAUGCUUGGAUGCGUUCGUCUCCGUUGCAGCACCACCGAGUUCAAAGUUCAGCAAUGGUAAAUUAUGGUGGCUCAAGAGGCUCCAAAGAGCGUCUUAAGACUUUCAUCCAAGGCUACAGUGACCUUUUUUGACUACUAUGUUUGAUGCUACAGCGUAGUAGGGCUCUUCAACCAACUCGGCAUUGGCCCCAGCAGCCGCCUGAAACCUGGUGCUCGGUAGUACACGGUAGUUCGCAUAUCAGAACCUCAAACCAUUGGUACAGAAAGUACAGCAGGACCGGCGUGCCCACAUCAGCCCAAUCCGUACACUACCUCUGUAGAGCCGCUGUAGAGCCUCUGUAGAGGAUUAGCCAAUCAGAAUGGUUCGAUCUUCGAUGACGUCAGUCGGCUGUGACGUCAGUCGUGCAUGCACGUCAGUCGUGCACACGAUUCAAUAUUUCGAUGACGAUUUCGCAUCUCUGUGUCAGCUCGAUCAGUCUCUCGUGGUGUUGUUUUCGUGUUGUUUUCGUGUUGUUUUCGAAAGACCGAGCAUGCAUCCAGAGGAUUUCGCCAGAGGAUUUUGAAUUUGAGCGAGAUAGUGAAGCAAGACAAUAAAA